AACAUUAUACCCUUUAAGGUUUACAAGAAAUUGAACCUAGGUGAAUUAAAAACACUAGGUUAAGUGUAACAUUGGUUGACCGCUCGGUGAUUAGUCUUAGGGGUAUUGUGGAAUAUGUUCUAGUGAGGGUGGACACAUAAUGCGACGGAUUUCAUAAUCCUUGACAUAAGUGACGAUGCGGAUAUGUCCCUCAUACUAGGACGUACUUUCCUUGCCACCGCAAAGGCGUUAAUUGAUGUUAAUGAGGGUAAUUUGAUCUUGAGAGAUGGAGAGGAGCAAAUUACCUUUUCGGUUGACCCUAAGAGUAAGAAGGAUGAUGUUAAGAAAGUGGAAUCAAAUGGUAUGUUUGGAAGUGGAGGUGAGCCACUCAAGGCGAACCCCACUAGUUCUCUCGCUCCUUGUGAUGAUGUGAAAAAGGGAACUAAGGCAGGUACCAAACCCGAAGGAAGGAAGAAGAAAGCGUGGUUUGCAAAUAUGAGAGAUGCCUUUACCCAAAAGAAGGACAAGAGUAAGGAAAAAGUGGCCGACCAAGAAGGCACCCCUUUGGAUUUUAAGAUGGGAGGUGACAAGCCUCGCCCCGAGACCGUGGUGGAUCCAAUCUCAGAGGCCUCGUGCUCUCCAGCAUGAAAGAUCAGCAACGUCGAGCUACAAACGUUAAACUAGCGCGUAGGUUUGUUUUUCUUUUCCUUAUUUUCUCUUUUUUUUAUUGAGUGAUGAGUUCAAGUGGUUGAAUGGUAAUCACCAUGCCAAAAUUGUGUGUCUACUUGUUUUGGAUGUGUUGUGAUUGAGUUAGGGGCACGGUUGAUUAGAUCGAGUCUUGAAAUUUUGGGAAAUGCCCUGUUUUUCAUCAGUUCACUGUUUUAGUUGUAUUACCCAGACUUUUUGGCUCAGGUUCGACCAUAGUAAAUGAACGGUUAUGUACGAA